AAAAUAAAAUAAAUUCUGUUUCUACUGUGAAAGCAUUUAAUUUUUUUCUUACACUGUGGUGCUUUUUUUUGUAACUUCCUUUCAUAGGAAAGAAAACCAAAGCGUGUCUCCCUCUCACAAACAUCAAAUUACCACCAUUAUCAUCUCUAGACGGCAACAGGAAACUAACAAAAUUAUAAGAAAAGAAGCAUACAACAUUAAAAAUACAGUAAAAAUUCCUUCGCAGCAAGAAAUGUGUUCGUAAAAGCUCGUUAAGAUUGCCUUUAUAUUGAUGGUUUUGGUUAAUGUACACACGUGCUUGAAAGCUUUAAGUGAUUUAAAAAUAGAUUCUCUAAAACUGGAAAUUCGUAAACUAAACAUUUUGUCUCCCACUCAUUUUAUUGUGGAAUUUAUUUUAAUUGUAGCGUAAAGUGAAGAGUGCACACACAUAUACAACAGAAGUUGUACACAGCAUUGUAUAGAAAAGCCGACAAGAGAAAAAAAAUAGAGAGGGAGGGAGAGAGAAAGCAAGAGAGAGAGAGAGAGAGAGAGAGGGAGAGAGAAGAGCAAAGAGGGGGCAUAUGACUGAAAAUUCCAUAAUCAACUAUAUAUUCCUUUACUUUACCGCACAUCCAUUAUUAAAAAGCUGCCGGAGGGCAAAAAACGUUUUUGUUAGCCAUUAUGUUAAAUCCAAAUCAUACUGGUGCGACGCGUAGACCUUUCUCUCGUAACGGUCCUUCUACACGCAAUCAUCGCAGUCGUAUGCUUUUCUCGCCCCAUAAUCAUCCACACCACCAUCAUCACCAUCAUCAUCAGCAGCAGCAGCAGCAGAAUAACCAUUAUUCGUAUCAACAGCAACAGCAGACGCACAGUCAUCAACAACGUGCGAAUGGCAAUGCGCUAAGUUCCGGUACAAGUAUUAACCAGAAUACGGGUGCUUCGUCCGGUGCCAGUUGGUUUAAGGACAGCAACAACAAUAACAACAACAACAACAACAAUAAUAAUAAUAAUCUGGAUAACUGGAAUUUACUUGGCAAUAAUCAACCGCAGCAGCAACAACCGCAGCAGCAACAACCAUAUCACUCACAACGCCCCCAAGGCUUUCAUAGUGGGCGUGGUUACGGUAUUAACGAAUACAACAAUAAUAGCAAUAAUUACCGCCGAGGUCAUUCUGGAAACAGUUACAACCUGUUGACACAUCGUAAUAAUAACAGCAACAAUAACAAUGGCGGUGGAGAUUUUUUGCAUAACUACUACAAUAAUAAUAAUAAUCAGCACCAAUCAUAUGCUGAUGUCGUACAAAACGGAAGCAAUAACGGCCGGCAUAACAACGUAAACCACCACACUCGUAUCGGUAGCAUCAACAAUAAUCAUAAUAGUAAUAACGUGUCAAGCUCAGGGUUAUACGAGAGGAACAACAGCAUUAACAAUAUUAAUAAUAACACCAACAAUACUGGCAACGGUAACAAUUCGCUACACUUGGAAGGUCAUGGCGGCAACCCGGGCUUCAAUCGCAGCACUUACUACGGUAAUCAAAGCAACCAAUACAGUGGCAGCGGGGGACUGUCGGCACCUUUGUCUACAAUAAGCGGCGCAUCAUCAUUAUUAGACGUGCCGUCCGGAUCGGGCUUAUCGGCUUCCACGGGAUCACUGAAUGGUUCUAAUAAUGCUUUAAAAUCUGAUAGCCCCUCGCGAAAAAGACGCCGUAUAUCGGGUCGCAUGCCCAGUCAAUCACCACCAUCUGUUUGGGAGCAAAGACGUUCUCCUCGCAUCAUGUUGCAACAAGGAAGUCCACCAAUUCGGCGGCCACGGCUGCGUGAUUCAAAUAUGAUGGGUGCUGUGGCAGGGGGCAGUGGCGUUGUGGGUAAUAGCCCACAAGGCCCAGUUCAUCACAACUAUGUGAACUAUCCACAACCACAUCAACAGCAACAUCAACAGCAACAAUCACAUACCCAAAAUUAUCUUCAGCAACAACAACCGCAAUUACCACCACAUCCUCAUCAAUAUCGUCCACCGUGGGAUCAAAUACAACAAGUAGGUACUACUGCAACAGCUACAGGAAAUACCGUUGGAACGGCGGUAGGUACUCUACUGCAGCAACCAACACCGCCCGCACCACAAGCGUCUCAUCAUCAUAAUCAAGUUCAAAACGCAGCGGCUUUGCCACCGUCUCAGCCACCCCCACUAAUGUUGGAUAUUAAUCAGGUGCCUAUAAGUUUGAAUUUGCGUCGUGGAGAACCAAUAUGGGCUUCAAUAUGCAACUAUCCCGCUCAACCACCUCCUCAACCUCGUCUAGCGCCUUGCCAUCUGCAUAGCGUGUACACUCGUCCAUUCGCAACUCAGGCGGCCUGCAAUUCGCAUACCACACAAUUUACAUCCAACGCUGGAGCUUUUGCGGCCGCUGCGGGUGCACCAUUGCAAAUUACACAAACGGCACCUCAGCAAAUAGCUGUAGCUGCUGCCGCCGCCGCUGCCCAACAACAACAACAUCAAUCGCAACAAGCAGCAGCGUUAGUUGCAGCCACUGUGGCAGCUGCUGCCAAUUAUCAGCACCAACGUACGGACGCGGCUGCUGCAGCAGCUGUCGCUGGCCUUUCUCUCGAUCCCCAUCAGAGCACAACUUCAGCAACGAGCGCAGCUCACGCACAAUUGCAACCCACCCCCAUUACCAUUAAUUCAAUGACAACAACAGCUGCUUCAGCACAUCAUUUGCACUCCGCUGCUGCUGCUGCUGCGGAAGCCGCCGCUGCCGCUGCUGCUCUCUCAGGUCCACAUCAAAUCAUCAUAUCCGCUGAGGUCAGUUUUCAGAGGCGAACAUUCCCUCCACAUCCGCGACGCAUUACACGCUUUUGGCCGGCUACACAUCCUCACAAUACUACCCGUCAUGUUUUGUCUCCGCCAACGCUGGGUCCACAUCAGCCAGCACCUUUACAAAUACAAGCGACUGGCGUCAUAAGCCCCGGAUUUUUGUUAAACUUCUUAGCCAUGUUUCCAUUGUCAUCGUAUAAUCAACACGAAUUAAAUUCCACGGAUACAAAUGAAACGGAAAACUAUGAAGCGUUGCUGAGUUUGGCUGAACGUUUGGGUGAAGCUAAGCCGCGGGGUCUGGCACGCAACGAAAUCGAUAUGUUGCCAAGUUACAAAUUUAACCCAGAAAUACAUACUGGCGAUCAAACAUCUUGUGUGGUAUGUAUGUGCGAUUUCGAGUUGCGUCAAGUUCUGCGUGUAUUACCCUGUACUCACGAAUUUCAUGCCAAGUGUGUGGACAAAUGGUUAAAGUCAAAUCGUACUUGCCCAAUAUGUCGUGGUAAUGCCUCUGAUUACUUCGAUAAUCCAGAACACCAGCAGCAACAGACUACUGUGCAGCAAGCUAAUGCUUCAACAGGUGGUGUUAACGCCAAUAAUCCAACAAGCGGAAACAGUCAUAAUAGUAAUACUAACGCUUCAAUAACAGCAGUAUCACCAGCUCAACAAAACCAAAAUACCGCUGCCACCGCAACCCAAGCCCAUUGAAAUUAUUCAAGCAAAUGAGCUAUAUAGUAAACAAGAAAGCAACGAAAUCGUACAUUUUAUUAUUAUUAUUCUUUUUUAUGCUCUUGUUACAAGAGCAUUAUAUCCCGCUUAGAAGUGUAUAUAGUUUUAUAUUUUCUACUAUUUAGAAUAUUAGAAAUGAUUUAAUUAAGGUGAAUUAGAUGCAAACACAAGCACAUACAAUGGUUAAAAUUUUCAAUGUUGCAGCAGAACUCCUGAUAGCUUUCUAAUUAACUCCAAAAGCAAACAAAAAAAAAAACAAA